UACUGGAGCAUCGGCUCUGGACGUGCACGCCUGCUGAAAAGCACAGCUCAGACAAGCUCCAAAACACAGCCCGAAGGGGGACCAGCAUGACCCCCUCUGCUGCGCUUCUCCCACCGCUCAGACUCUGCGCCAUGCGUCCGCUUUUGGAUUAAGUUUGGAGGAAACCGCCGCUGUUUUUUGAGGCACCACGAUGAGGAAAACUGGGGGUUUCCGUGGAUGAUGAUGCCCCACAAUGAACGCAGAUUUCCAAAGUCCAUUGGAAGUUCCCCGACCGAAGGUUCGCAGUCAUCUCACCAUCAAAGUGCAGUCCAAGCUGAUGUCAAAGCCUUGUCCCCCUGUCAAUGGUCCAAGACCUCCCGUUGCCCCCAAGCCCCCUCGACCCCUGUACAAAGCUCACCUGCAGGGGGAGCCAUGUCCUCCAAAGAGCCUCAGUAACGGAGACCUGGCCCAUUCCUACAGCAUCACUGGAGACCUUCAUGGAAUGAACGAGGAGGACCAGGUGAAGGAGGACAAGAGUGAGGCGGAGGAUAUAGUGAAUGAAAAUGAAACAGGAGACGGUGAAAAUGAGGACCAAGCAGAGGGAGAAACCGACGAGGGAACAGAUAAAGAAAAGGAAACAGAUAAUGACGGCGAUAUAGAUAGCAUUUGCUCAGAGGACACAGUCAAGGCUGAUGAUGGUUACGCCAUUGAUACUACUGAGGAUGACAACACUGACAAUGACUUGGAUCAGCCCGAAGGCAGUAAUCACACUGAUGAUGAGGAUCGAGCGACGCCUCUGCUGCCUCUCAAGGAAACUGAGGAUGGAGUAGGAGAGCAGGGAGAGGACCAGAGUUUUAAUAAAAAGGGAGAAACACAUUGCUGCUCUGCAGACAGACCUCUAGGGGAACAAAACCUGGAUCAAACACAGUCACUCAGUCACACCGCUAAGGACGGCGAUAGUGGACUUAAUGAAGCAGACACUGAACAAAGCAAAGACUGUCUGCACCGUGACCUACUGACAAGUGAGACUGAGCUCCAGGCUGAAUUUACAUUUGGAUUCAGUGUGCUUCCGACUGUGACUGAGGAGUAUCCCUACGAUCUGAUCGGCCCCACAGAUGACACCAGUGACACGUGUGAAUCGUGCGAUCCAGCUGAAACAGGGGACACAGAGGUGUGGCAACCGGAACGAGCUACCAAGGACCCGUCCGGCUGUUUCCGGUUCACAUCAAGCACUGAGGACGUCUUUGGCCCUUACUCAGUCAUAGAAGCUGUACCUGGAGAAGUGGGCAGCACUGCCGACCCCGAGUGGAGUUUAGAUGAUUCUGAUGACAAACCAGCAGGUGCAAAUGAAGUACAGACCCCAUCUGCUUCAAACCAGGAGCCCUACUAUGUGUCAUCAGAUGAUGUGGACAAACUGGAGGACAAACAGGCCCUCUCAGGAGGGGACCAGCCCGAUGAGAGCACCGAGCAGUCGAGUCAGCAAAAAGAUAAAGCAAAGGACGGUGAAUCAGCAGAUGAGUAUGCAGACAUUGACGAUUCUUUUGACCCCAAAGCAGAUGAUUUAGAGCAAUCAGAAUGUGUCUCGUCAGAGGAUUAUGUCGAGAUAGGUGAUGACGAUGAGGAAGAGGAAGAAACAGAAAAAAAACACAUCAGAAUAAAAACGGCGAAGGAGAGAACAGCUAAACGAGAGCAGGCCUACCACAGCCAAAGGAAAAGCUGUCAGCCUCGGCUCAGGUUGUGCAAUAUCACAGUGCCAGCAGACCUGGACCUGGGCCGCACUCCAGAGCUUACCAACCGAGUGGUGUUUGCCCACACCACCGAGGCCUUUGAAGAAGACAUUGAGGAACUGGAUUGCCAUAUCGUGCCUUAUUAUGAAGACACAGACUCAGACAGUGAGGAGCAUAUAUACGAAGAGGCUGGGUUCGACUCUGAGGGAGAGAACUUUAUUCCCUUUGAUCGUAAGACGAUCGUCACCCGAUCGCGAUCCUAUUCUGGAAAGAUUCCUGGUUAUGUCCCAGAAACUGUACCGGAGGAGACAGGGACAGAAUACCAGACACACGAUUACUGCACUGUGGCCUUGGAUAAAAAUGGUGAACCUCUCAGCCGUUCUCCACAGCCAGGAGUCAACUGUGUGCUUCCUUCUGCGAAGUCUCGUCGUUUCCUCUUAUACUCGCGCUCUGCCGAGGGUCCUGAAUUGUCUUUGACUACCCCGACAGACGCUGAGCGAUCUCUGAAAAAUGAGAUCAGGUUGAAGAGAAAGGAUGACACCCUCUCGCUGCCGUGUGUUAUAACAUCGUCGGGAAGCUUCUCUCAACGUAGCCACCAAUCCUCCAGUGGCGUUUCCACACCGACCUCUCUUGUGGAUAUACCUCCACCUUUUGAGCUUGCAUAUAUCACCAAAAGACCGGUCACCAAGAGUUCACCAUCUCUGCUGAUCCAGCAUGAACCCAGCGAUGUACCGAAGAAAAAGAAAACCUCCUUCAAACGCUUCCUGGCUCUGAAGUUCAAGAAGAAGACAGAGUCAAAGGGUUUCAGUGACGGGAGUGUGCGCUCUUCUCGUUCGUCCUCUGAGUCCAGCCACCACGGUCCUUCGAGAGUUAUAGAUCUCGACCGUCGAAGCACAGGCAGCUCUCCUCAGCUUCAGUCCCGGAUGGUAAACCCUCAGCAGCGCCACUCAGACCUGCCAUCCACCUUCAUACUUUACAAAGACCACCAGAGGAAGAAAGGAGAUCCCAAAGCGUAUGGCAGGAGCGUCUCUAGAGUGGAAUCUUUCGAAGACCGUUCUCGGCGCUCCAUCAUGCCGCUGCCUUUGACGAAGCCUCGCUCUAUCUCCUUCCCCAGCGCAGAUACCUCAGAUUAUGAAAACAUCCCAGCCAUGAGUUCAGACUAUGAGAAUAUCCAGAUCCCAGGAAGACCCACCAGAUCCCACACCGUUACAGAGUUUUUCGAGGAUCCAAAACGCACCACAGUUCCAUGUAAUGAGAAUGACGGCUACGUGGACAUGAACAGUUUCCCAGGGAUUGACAGCAAACCCCAAACGUCAAAGGCAGAAACUGAAAGCGCCUACACAGAACCGUUCCCGAUGAACGCCGUCUCCGCUCGGCUGUCAGCGGAUGAGGACCAUGGGAGGACCUCCGAGGAGGAGGAGGGGAUCGUGGAGCCCAGCUAUGAUCGACAGAUUGAUGGCCGAUCCCGAGCUUUCUACAUCGCCAAGGAGUUGGUGGACUCGGAGAGGCUACAUGUCAGCGCCCUGAAGUACCUUGAGGAGGACUUCAGGUCAGCGGUGAGCGAGGCGGUGGAUGAUGAAGGGGAGCCGGUGCUGGAGGAGCAAAGGUUGCGGGAGAUUCUGGGCGUGCUCCCCCAGGUCUACAGCCUCCACAGCAGCAUCCUCGACGAGCUGGAGGAGCGGAUCGGCCAGUGGGAGGAGAGCCAGAAGGUGGUCAGCGUGAUCUUGUCUCGUCAAGACGACUUCAGGGUGUUUGACACCUACAUCUCGGAGUAUGAUCGCAGCAUGUCGUUACUGGAGGAGAGCUGCAGGAACAGCCCGGCUUUUGCCACCGUCGUCAAGAAAUUUGAGACAAAAGCUCCAGAAGAGCCUGAAGUCCCACUGAAACACCAGCUGCUGCAGGUUAUUGUGAGGGUGCUUCAGUAUCGAAUGCUACUUACAGAUUACCUGAACAACCUCUCUCCCGAUUCUCAAGAAUAUGAAGACACGCAGGCUGCCUUGGUGAUUGUGUCCGAGGUGGCGGACCAGGCCAACGACAAUCUGAAGCAGGGGGAGAACCUGUUGCGUCUGGUCCACAUCGAGUACAGCAUGAAGGGGAAGAGGGACCUCCUGAAGCCCGGCCGGAUGUUUGUCAAAGAGGGAACACUCAUGAAGGUCUCAAGGAAAAGCAGACAGCCGCGACACCUCUUUCUGAUGAACGAUAUCAUGCUGUACACCUAUCCUCAGCAGGAUGGAAAAUACAGGCUGAAGAACACACUGUCUCUGUCAGGGAUGAAGGUUAGCAAGCCCGUUCUCGACAAUGUGCUGAACUGCCUGAAGAUUGAGGUUUCGGACAUCACUAUUACACUCUCUGCCAGUUCGGUUGGAGAAAGGGAGGACUGGUUCCACACACUGAGCCGAGCGAUAGCGGACCAUGCGGCAGGACUCUGCACAUUCGGUGGACCCUGCAGUGAGGCCCGGGAGAAGCUGUGGAUGGCGCUGGGUGAGGCUGCGCCUGUCCUGGUGCCAGUCUCUCACGUAAUGAUGUGCAUGAAUUGCACAUCUGACUUCAGCCUCACACUCAGGCGACACCACUGCAACGCCUGUGGGAAGGUAGUUUGCCGAGCUUGUUCCAGAAACCGAUACCCCCUCAAGUACCUCAAAGACAGAGUGGCCAAAGUGUGUGACCACUGCUAUGCUGAGCUCAGGAAAAGAGGUGGAAGUGUGUCAGGAGCCUGCGGUAACUCCAGCCCUCGAACCCACCGGGCCAGUCGCCCCCUCUCCGCCGUCUUCCAGAGCCUGCAGCCCCCGAGUCUGUGGAAGACCAGGAAGAGCGCCUCGGCUCUCAGCCAGGUAUCGCUCGGCGUGGAGGGCUCCAGCAUGAGCGGGAGCCUGCAGCGCAGGAAGAAGAGCAAAAGGAAGUGGAAGCGCCUGUGGUUCCUCCUCAAAGACAAGGUGCUCUACACCUUCACAGCACGUGAGGACAAGGUGGCUUCAGAGCAUCUUCCCCUGCAGGGCUUCACCGUCAAGCUGACCGAGAGACCAGAGGGAGAGGACAGCAGCAACGUCUUCCACUUGUAUCACAAGAAGACGCUCUACUACAGCUUCAGAGCCGAUGAUCCGCAGACGGCGCGCAGGUGGGUGAACGCCAUGGAGGAGGCGACGGUUUUAUAGCACCUGCUGCAGCUGUCCGUUUGCUGCAACUCCUUCUGUGGAGCACAACAUAGCUACCUGCUGCAUCUGGAGUCACACCAGCAGUGAGGAGCCGUCCCUCCUCGCCCGCUGUGGGACUCGAACCCACGCUUUCACCACAGUGGGGAUUUCUGAGGAGGCUGCCGCCCUGUGGCAGGGAGGUGAAAGUGAGGAACAUCAGAAGACGGCUGAAUGUGAAGAAGCAGAAAAAAGAUAAAACAACCUCUUUUUUGGAGAAUAUAUUCAAAAAAAAAAAAACUCUUUGGUUUAGCAAAGCUAAUCACAGGAGCCUUUGUUUUCCAGGAGCAGCUUGGACACAUGAAGUACAAGAUCUGAAGGACUUUUUCAGCUUUUUUUUUUUUUUUUUACGCUUCACUAAAAUCUACUUUUUAUCCAGUUGCUCUAUAUUUUCCUCUUUUACAGAUUUUUUUUCACUGGAUUAUGAAAACCUGUGGUGCUUAUGCAUGAGACAGUUUCAUUAUUAAAAAAAAAAAACACACUUUGCUCCACGGGAGGAUUCACGUCUUAUAAAGGAGAAAAUACUCAACACUGUUUUAGAGAGAUGUUUGGUAUUAAUGGAUAUAUAUAUAUAUAUAUAUUGUGAAGUAUACGCUGCAGACAUAGAUGUGAUUUAAAUGAGUUUAUUUGUAUAAACAUGGUGACACAUGAUGGUCGGAGUAAAGGUUCAUUUUAUUCACCACAGUAUGUGUAUAUUAUAUUAUUUCUUGUGAAGUUAUUCUUGUAUUGAAGCUCCAGAGCUAUGGAAUGAACCUCGGCAUGACCCGGACCGAAUAUUUUCUUGGACACAAACACUUUCUGACAUACUUUGUGUUUUAAUCCGUCGUUUUUUUUAAUUCUCUUUGAAAUCUGUCAUACUUUUCUGAAGUGCCAAUGGCGUUCUUCCGGUGGAAUGCAGUGCAAUUUGCGAUUGAUGAUGAAUGUGCCUGAAUUUUAAAAUGAUCUCCUUAUUCUUUAUGUUAUCACAGUACUGUAUGGAGAGAUUUCCUUUUUACCCACACUUUCAUACUAUAAUCCUCUAUUCUCACCGUUACAGUCAAGUAACAUUAGAAUAUAGUAGUGUGCCAUUUUUACUGAUGCCUUUUGUGCUGUAUAUAUCCACUUGCAAAAUGUCAGUAAAGUUACCUUUUUCCUCUGUGCUUGAGUGAUCUGAAGCACUUAUGUCUGCAGAAAAAAAGGGAAAUGAUCCUUUUCCUCUCUUCCACUAGAAACAUGCCCACAGCCUCAUUCGGAGAACAGACAGGGAGUAUUUCUGAUUUGUCGGCUUUGCGUACCUUUACAUGAUUCUCACCUGCAGUGUCAUUAUGGAGUGUACUUCUAGCAUUUAGUGCAUUGUAAAUUUAUAUGUAUAUAGAAGCAUAUUAAAAAAAAAUAUAUUAAACUGGUUCAAAAAGUU